CACGACGACGACGGCCACGACCUACACGACGCGAACCGCCCCUUGCCAUGUUUGGAAGCAACACAGGGUCAUCAUGGGGUAACCCUCAGGGUAACCAACAGCAGCCAGGCGCUUUUGGGCAGCCCGCAGGUUUCGGUGCCGGGAAUGCAUUUGGAUCUGCUCCUAACGCCAACGCUUUCGGACAGCCACAGCCACAACAACAACAGCAGCAGCAACAACAACCACAGGCGAACCCCAUGUUUGGCAGUCUCGGCGGAGCGUCGACAGCGACGCCCUCCUCGACAGGCUUUGGUGCGUUUGGAGGCGCGCCAAACAACACUGCGAAUUCCGGGGGUCUCUUCGGCCAGCCCAAGCCAACGACGGGGUUCGGCGCGUUUGGCAGCACCGGUACGACGAAUACCUUUGGCGCCCCAGCGACAGGGGCCUUCGGUUCGACGACUCAGGCUGGUCCCUCAACCGGUGGCGGCGUAUUUGGCCAGCCAUCACAGCCGUCGACAAGCACAAACGCGUUCGGAGGGGGCAACGGUCUCUUUGGUUCCAAGCCAACCACAGGCUUUGGUACCACCACUACGCCUGCUGCCGGUGUGCCUGCCCCGGUGACAACAGGAUCUUCCAAUCCAUCCUACGCUCCUUACGCCGAGAAGGAAGGGAACUCUACUCUUACGCUUCAUUACCAAAGCAUCUCAUGUAUGCCGCAAUACCGUGGAUCGUCAUUUGAGGAGAUCCGUGUGCAAGACUACCAGCAAGGCAGGAAGACUGCUGCUGCGACCGCUGCCGGUGGAUAUGGACAGACUGCUUUUGGCGCCCCUGCUCAACAGCAAUCUAAUGGUCUCUUUGGCCAACCAGCCCAGAAUGCUGCAGCGCCUGCCACCAACUCGAUGUUUGGUUCGUUCGGUAACGCGAACAACGGCACCACGAACACUGGAACGACCGGUCUCGGUGCAUUUGGUCAGCCGCAGAACAAUACAAACACGAGCGGCACUGGUUUGUUCGGAGGCGGAGGCGCAUUUGGGCAGCAGAAUCCGCAACAGCAGCCACAGCAGCAGCAGCAGCAGCAGCCGACGACAACUGGCUUUGGUGCCUUCGGACAACCGCAGCAACAACAGAAUCCAACGGGCGGUGGCCUGUUCGGUUCAAGCAACGCCUUCGGUGCGAACAAUCAACAGAAACCAGCAGGGUUCGGUACUUUUGGCAAUGCGGGAACGACUGGUGCCUUUGGUCAGCCCCAAAACCAGCAACAGCAACAGAACACGCCUGGUAUCGGUCUCUUCGGUCAACCAGCGCAGCAGCAACAAAACACGGGCGGGUUUGGUGCUUUCGGUUCCAACAACAACGCUCAGAAGCCAGGCCUUUUUGGUCAACCUGCGCAGUCGAAUGCUGGACUCGGUGCGUUCGGCCAGCAGAAUCAGCAGCAGCCACAACAACAGCCACAAGCCGGUGGCGGGUUGUUCGGAACGAACACCAACACAGGUGGUGGACUGUUCGGCAACACAAACAACCAGCAACAACCCCAGCAACAACAGCCUGGUACUGGUCUGUUUGGUCAGCCGGCGCAGCAACCGACGACAGGGGGUGGCUUGUUCGGAGGAGGGGGCGGUCUUUUCGGGAACAACAACCAGAACCAACAGCAACAACAGCAGCAGCCUGCACAGAACACUGGCUUUGGCCUUUUCGGCGCUCCCAAGCCCGCCGCACCCGCGACCACGAACACCGGGGGCGGUCUCUUUGGCAGCACAUACGGCCAGCCGGCUCAGAAUACAACGCAGACCAACCCAAACCCCUUGUUCGGCUCAACGCUGGGCGCACCACCGAAUAACCAACAGAACACGAACACGUUCGGUUCUGGUGGUUUGUUUGGCAAACCCGCUGCUCCUCUGGGUACUGCCCCUUCAGCGGGUCAACAGGGCGCUGGCCUCGGAGGUUCGUUGUUCGGCAAUGCGUUUGGACAAUCGACGAACAACAUGAAUACGUCGAUGCUCGGCCAGAACACGCAGCCGCAGCUCACCGCCUCGAUCGCACAGCCAGUCUUGACGAAUCUGCCAAUCUUCAGCAUGCUGCCUCCAGGGCCGCGCUCAAUACCACUGGAUACUCAGCCGAAGAAGAAGACGGGCUACUUUUCGGACAUCCCUACACGCACGCCCUUACCGAGACUGGGCCUAGGCUACACUCCUGCAGUUUCGAAGCUACGCGGGUACACUUCCACCUCACCAGCUCCUGGGGCGAACGGCGCCAGUAGCAAUGUGUUGUUCGGCUCGAGCAAGCCGAAUGCAUUGUCACUGAGUAAAACGGCUAAUGGCAAGAGCACGCUGGGACCAGAAACGUUCCUGACUGGUGGGAGCCCCAGUCCAACGCUCGGAACUGGCGGUCGCAAGAGCUUCAAGAAGCUCAUUCUCGAUAGAAAGGUGGAAGCGGCCGACCUACUAGCCAAGUCCAGUGUGGCGAACGGUUCGAGGAUAACGUUCAGCCCCGCGCUGAGCGUGGCCGCGCGCGAAAGGGAGGCGGCAGCCGCUGUGAAUCGCGCCUCUCCUGGGCCACGCGGACAUGACUCGCCGUCGCCUGCUCCUCAACGGGAUCGCGCAUCCAAUCGCUUCACGGCGGACGCCCACCGCGCGGGCUCUCAUGGCGCGUCUCCGCAAGAGGAAGACGUCGGAGAACUUCGCGAAGGCGACUACUGGGUGACGCCUGAUCUCAGUACGCUCAAGAGGAUGAGCCAUGAGGAGCUGGUCUCGGUCAAGGGUCUGGCCGUUGGGCGGAAAGGCUACGGCGUCAUCACCUUCCUUGAACCCGUCGAUCUCACCAACGUGCCCAAACUCGCCGGGCUGCUCGGCGAGCUUGUGCGGUUCGACGACAAGGAAUGCAGUGUCUACCCAGACAGCGAUGAGGCGGAGAAGCCACCACCGGGCUCUGGCCUGAAUGUGAAGGCUCGCAUUGAGCUGUACCGCUGCUGGGCACUGGACAAGGCUACGCGAGAGCCCAUCAAGGACGAGACGAACCCACAUGCGCUUCGGCACGUCAAACGGUUGAAGAACAUGAAGCACACUCACUUCGAGGGCUUUGAUAUCGAGGAGGGGAAAUGGACUUUCACGGUGGACCACUUUUGAUUGUGCGGCUGGUCGCCUGAUUGCAUAUCAGCAGUAUGUACACGUUCCGUCUCGCAUGUUGUCUGCAUCGCAUGUAUCGUUCCGUCCUUCUUGCAAUACAUACCUAUGGGUUGUUCGCUGUA